AGGAGGGAAGAAGCCUACAAGGACCCAUUAAUCUACAGAUAGCAGCAAGGACAGACAGCAUGAGCACAGCUGGAAAAGUAAUCAAGUGCAAAGCAGCUGUGCUAUGGGAAACUCACAAGCCCUUCUCCAUCGAGGACAUAGAAGUUGCACCUCCCAAGGCCCAUGAAGUUCGCAUUAAGAUGGUGGCCACCGGGGUCUGCCGAUCAGACGAUCAUGUGAUUAGUGGAAACUUUGUCACACCUCUUCCUGCAGUUUUAGGCCACGAGGGAGCCGGUAUUGUGGAGAGCGUCGGAGAAGGGGUGACUUCUGUGAAACCAGGUGAUAAAGUCAUCCCACUCUUCUCUCCCCAGUGCGGGAAAUGCAGGGUUUGCAAGCACCCGGAAAGCAACUUGUGUGCAAAAAGCGAUUUGGUACAGCUAAGGGGGACCAUGCUGGACGGCACCACCAGGUUCACCUGCAGAGGAAAGCCAAUCCACAACUUCGUUAGUACCAGCACGUUCUCGCAGUACACUGUGGUAGAUGAGAUAGCAGUAGCUAAAAUCGACGGAGCUUCACCACUCGAGAAAGUCUGCCUCAUCGGCUGUGGGUUCUCAACCGGCUAUGGCUCUGCUGUCAAAGUCGCCAAGGUGACCCCAGGAUCCAGCUGUGCUGUGUUUGGCCUUGGAGGUGUCGGUCUGUCUGUCAUCAUUGGCUGUAAAACAGCUGGAGCAGCCAGGAUCAUUGCUGUGGACAUCAACAAAGACAAGUUUGCAAAGGCCAAAGAAUUGGGUGCAACUGAGUGCAUCAACCCUCUAGACUACAACAAACCCAUUGAGGAGGUGCUCCAGGAAAUGACCGAUGGAGGGGUGGACUUUUCCUUUGAAGUAAUUGGUCGGCUUGACACCAUGAAUUCUUCCCUGUUAAGCUGCCAUGCAGCAUGUGGUAUAAAUGUCAUUGUGGGGGUACCUCCUAAUGCCCAAAACCUCUCGGUGAACCCCAUGUUGCUGUUGCUGGGUCGCACCUGGAAAGGAGCAAUAUUUGGUGGGUAUAAGAGUAAAGAUGCCGUCCCCAAACUUGUGGCUGACUUUAUGGCUAAGAAGUUUCCACUGGAACCAUUAAUCACCCAUGUUUUACCUUUUGAAAAAAUAAAUGAAGCAUUCGAUCUGCUUCGUGCAGGAAAGAGUAUCCGCACUGUCCUGACAUUCUGAGACCAUAGUGACGCCUUCCUACUGCUGACACCUCCACUCCACUGAAUCACAGCACCAGUCACAUCACAGCGUUGAUUUUGUUCCUCAGAGAAACUAACAAUAAAGUACUCAUGCAAGCAUUCCACGUGAAACUGGA